UUUAUUUUCACGUGGUCGUUGUUUUCAUUUACUUGAAUCAUCUGGAGUAGAAUAAUCUGAACUUUUUUAAUCAAAAUGGGCAAAAAGAAGGGUCGCAGUCUACGUAAAAAUAAAUCGGCAAUCGAUUUAGAACCGAACGAAGUGGUUACAGCCCCACAUUCAUUCGUUUUACAUCGCGGACUGCCGUGUUUAUACAUAUCGGACCUCACCAGAGAUUUCCGUCGAAUGAUGGAACCAUUCACUGCAUCGGCUCUAAAAGAGCGAAAAAACAAUAAAAUUAAAGAUUUUGUUAGUUUGUCGGGAGUGUUUCACGUUUCACAUAUGUGCGUGUUCAACAAAACGAAAAAUCAACUGUCAUUUAAAGUGGCUCGGCUUCCCCGUGGACCGACGUUAACAUUCAAAGUUCAUCAAUUUACAUUGGCUAAAGAUGUUAUUGCGUUGCAUCGUCGACAGUUCGUGGACGAAGAGGCGUUUCAGCAGGCUCCUCUCAUCAUACAAAAUAAUUUUACCGGUGAAGGGAAGCAUUUGAAGUUGAUGGCAUCAACGUUCCAGAACAUGUAUCCAACGAUCAAUUUGGCAACGGUGAAUCUGUCCAAUAUCAAACGAUGUGUGCUAAUAUCGUACAAUCCAGUCACUCAACUGUUAGAUUGGCGACACUAUAGUGUUACUGUAGCUCCUGUUGGCUUGAGUCGUGGAAUAAAGAAAGUUGUCGUCGGGAAAAUACCGAACCUGGGAAAAUGCGAAGACAUUGCCGACUUUUUAACUUCCGUCGCUACCGACUCCGAAUACGAAGAUGAUGAUGACGGUCAUGUCGUUCUACCGCAAACGCUAAAAUCACGCGGUAACGUUGAGAAUAACAAGUCAGAAAUUAAGUUGCAUGAAAUUGGACCGAGAUUAACAAUCGAGUUGGUCAAGGUUGAAGAUGGUUUAUUCACCGGUGAAAUUCUUUAUCAUAAGCAAGUUGUGAAAACGGAAGAAGAAUUGGCUGCCAUCCAGGCUCAGCGCGAAGAGAAACGACGACUCAAAUUGGAGCGAAAGAAAAUCCAAAGUGAAAACGUCGAUCGUAAGUUGAACGACAAGCAGAGCUUCAAACGACAAGGAAAGGAUGAAAAUGAUGACGAUCGAACGGACGAAGAUGAUGAUGCUGCGUACUACAAAGAAGAAGUAGGAGAGGAACCAGAUAAGGAUUUAUUCACGAUGACAAAUACGUCCAGAAAACGUGGUUAUGUUCCAAAGUUUAUGCACAACAAAGACGCCAAGAAAAGAAAGUUCAACAACGACAAAGAGCGCAGAGGGGACAGCAGUAAGGGGUUUGGUGGCAAAGACGCCAAAAAGAAAAGGUUUAACAACGACAAAGAGCAAAGAAGCAAGGGCGGUAAAAAAAUUGGUAACAAAAAGUUACGAAAUCCAAAAAACAAAAAAUUUUAAUAAAAUAAUUUGAAGAAAAAAA